CUCGCCGCACGCUCCUCCACUCCCUCCGCGUGUGCUGUCCUCGCCGUGCACGCGCGUGGUACCCACGGUCGUGAGGAGGAGGAGGAUGUUGCGCGUGAAGGGGAAAUGGCUGCCGAAAACAAGCCGGAAGGACUGAAGAAAGUUCGUAAUCCGGAUCGAAUGUACAGAUCAACCGUGUGUUAUGCUGGCCACGGUCCACCUAAGAGUAUCAGUGAUGACGCAGAGACCAACAAUGAACAUGGACAUUUGAAAAUAUACCUGCCCAAGAAGCUGCUUGAAUGUCUACCAAAAUGUACCUCGCUGCCAAAAGAGAGACACCGAUGGAACACCAAUGAGGAGAUCGCAGCUUACUUGAUAACAUUUGAAAAGCAUGAAGAAUGGCUAACAACAUCCCCUAAAACAAGGCCGCAGAAUGGGUCGAUGAUAUUGUACAAUCGGAAGAAAGUAAAGUACAGAAAGGAUGGCUACUGUUGGAAGAAGAGGAAAGAUGGGAAGACCACACGGGAGGAUCACAUGAAGCUGAAAGUGCAAGGAGUUGAGUGUCUGUAUGGCUGCUACGUCCACUCAUCCAUCAUCCCCACCUUCCACCGUAGGUGCUAUUGGCUGCUCCAGAACCCUGACAUUGUGCUCGUCCAUUAUUUGAAUGUGCCAGCCAUUGAGGAUUGUGGGAAACCAUGUGGUCCAAUCCUGUGUUCCAUCAAUACGGACAAGAAGGAGUGGGCCAAGUGGACCAAGGAGGAGCUGAUCGGCCAGCUCAAACCCAUGUUUCAUGGCAUCAAGUGGACUUGCAGCAAUGGGAACAGCAGCUCUGGCUUCUCAGUGGAGCAGCUAGUGCAACAGAUACUGGACAGCCACCAAACUAAGCCACCGCCCCGGACUCACAACUGCCUCUGCACGGGCACGCUGGGUGCAGGUAGCAGUGUGCACCAUAAAUGCAAUAGUGCCAAACACCGAAUCAUCUCUCCCAAAUUGGACCCCCGCACAGGAGCCUACAGCAGCGCUCACUCUGAAGUACAAAACAACGACGUGUCAGAGGGGAAGACUGAGCACUGUGGUCAUGGUGGAAGCAAAAACUCUGGUGGUGGGGGCGGAGGAGGCAGCACCAGGGAGAAACGCAACGGGAAAGUCCACAAGCCCAUUUUGCUGCAUCAGAACAGCACUGAGGUGUCAUCUACCAACCAGGUCGAGGUGCCUGACACCACACAGAACUCCCCUGUGUCCAUCAGCAGUGGCCUCAACAGCGACCCUGACAUGGCUGACAGCCCUGUGGUGACAGGAAUAAGUCAUGUGGCCUCUGUCAUGUCUGGCCUCUCGCAAGGGGUCUUUAUGUCAGAGGUGACUGGAGACAACGUCUACAGCAUGUCUCCAACUGGCGGCCCCAACACUCACCUAAUGGGUGGAGAUGCCAACUCCCAGGGCUUGGUGCUCUCUGAUCGUCAUAAAUUUGCUUUCCCGAGUGGAGGAGUAGGGGAACCUGGGAAUACGGGAGACAGUCUGUCCAUGUUGUCUUCCGCAGGAGUUUCUGAAGAACUGGUGCUCUCAAGCAGUCUGGACUCUGGAAGUAUCAAGAUCCCAGAGACCAACAUGAACUUUGACCCCGACUGCUUCUUGAACAACCCCAAACAAGGCCAGACCUAUGGAGGCAGUGCAAUGAAGACAGAGGCUAACUGUACCUCAUCCUCCUGUGGGGUCAGUGGUAGUGCCAACGACACACUGCAGACCUCUCCUUCAAUGUCAGAUAAUGGCUACAGCUUCAACUCAGCUUUAGUGAAGAAUAUUAAGACCGAGGACACAUCCUUUGAACAGCAGCUGGCCGCGGAGAGUGGCUACCAAGUGGGGGCAGUAGUGAACUGUGGAAGCGGGGUGUCUGUGCCACCCAGUGCUGGCUCAGGCCAGGGUGGCCUCACUUUGACCCCAGCAGGAUCCUUACUUCCUUCUGGUGGUGGUCUAAGUCCGAGUACCACUCUGGAGCAGAUGGAUUUCAGUGCUAUUGAUGCUAAGCAAGACUACACAUCCAAUGCUUCUACAGUGAGCUAUGGUCGGGCCUUGUCUAGUCCUCACAUGUCACACCAAAACCGUUCUCCCAGUUUCUUCCUUCAGGAUACCUCUCAAUCCAGCCAGGCUCAGCAUGGGAGAGCCAGUAUGGGCCAGAAAACACAAAUAGUGGAGCACAACUCCCAUGAUUCUGGAGCUUAUAUGGGGCUGCAGGUUGUAAAGACCGAAUCUCCUGGGAGCAAUGGUCACCUCCACCACCACCAGCAGAACCGACAUCGGGCCAGCUGUAAUGGAGGCUCACCAACAAAUGGCCCUGGCCAAGCUGGUUCCCUGCAGCUGCUACAGUACCAGGGGACAUUCCCUGGUCUCGGCACCGAGCAUGAGGAAGUAGUGGGUAUCGAGCAGCCAGGCAGUGUCAGUUCAGGACAGGCUGGAGCCACAGAAAAUGGUGCAGAGAAUCUACUCAAGCAAGGGGAUGAAAUGCAGGCCUGUGUGGCGCGAAAUGGAGACGGAGGUGGCCCUGAACACUAUCUGCAGCAGGCAUCUGAUGGCGGAGGAGGAGGAAAUGGUGGUGCGGGUGAAGGAAUCACGCUUCACAAUGGAAACAGUGAUGGUAGCAAUCUCACUCCACAGCAACAGCAGCUGCAGCCACUCCUCCAAGGCGCAGGCAUGGUCCAGGGUCUCUACAACACUGUUGCAGCCCACCAAGGCCUGGGAGGACCAGCUAAUAGUGGAGGAGCAGGGGGGGCAGGCAUGGAGAUUAGUCUGGAUCACUUUGACAUCUCUUUUGGAAACCAGUUCUCUGACCUUAUUAAUGACUUUAUCUCAGUGGAUGGCAGUGGAACAGCCAUGUCCGCUGGAGGGACUCUCUAUGCUCAUCAGCUCGUCACUUCCCACAGCGCCGAUGGUCAAAACACUGCUGGUGGGGCCCCCCCGCAGGGCCAGGAGGAUGUAGUGGCCAGGGGUUCUGGCUACAACACAUCAGAGCUCUGCCUUCAACCAUGCUGCAGCCCCCAGUCUCUCAGUGGAGGAACAGGAGCAGGAGGAAACGCAGGGGAGGCAGGUUCACUGUCGUACAUGAAUGUAGCCGAUGUGGUCUCUGCAGCCGUUGCCCACGGCACUCUGGGGAUGCUCCAGGCCACUGGGCGUCUCUUCAUGGUCACAGACUACUCUCCUGAGUGGUCUUAUCCUGAGGGUGGUGUUAAAGUGUUAAUCACUGGUCCCUGGCAUGAGGCAGCUUCAAACUACAGCUGUUUGUUUGACCAGAUUUCAGUCCCUGCCUCUCUCAUCCAGCCAGGAGUGCUGCGCUGCUACUGCCCAGCUCAUGACACAGGUCUGGUGGCGCUACAGGUGGCUGUCAGUAAUCAGAUCAUCUCCAACUCUGUGGUUUUUGAGUACAAGGCUCGUGCUCUUCCCUCCCUGCCCUCUUCUCAGCAUGACUGGCUCUCCUUGGAUGAUAACCAGUUCAGAAUGUCGAUCCUGGAGCGCUUGGAACAGAUGGAGAGGAGGAUGGCGGAGAUGGCCAGUCACCAGCAACAGAGCGGUGCAGGGAGUGGUGGAGCUGGAGGAGGAACAGGAGGAACCGGCACAGGGGGAGGUGGUGGAGGGGGAGACAACAGCCAGCCCCAGUGUGUAUCCGGCCAAACGCAGGCCAGCAGCUCCUUCGAGAGUCGUGUCGUGGUGGUUUGUGAGAAGAUGAUGAGCCGAGCUUGCUGGGUCAAGUCCAAACAUUUAAUCCACUCAAAGACUUUCCGAGGCAUGACACUCCUUCACCUGGCUGCUGGCCAAGGCUAUGCCACCCUCAUCCAAACACUCAUCAAGUGGCGCACUAAGCAUGCUGAUAGUAUUGAUUUGGAGUUAGAAGUGGACCCUCUUAAUGUGGAUCAUUUCUCCUGCACGCCUCUGAUGUGGGCAUGUGCGCUAGGUCACCUGGAGGCAGCUGUGGUCCUGUAUAAAUGGGAUCGACGGGCUCUGGUCAUUCCAGAUUCUCUUGGCCGCCUACCACUUUCCAUCGCCCGUUCUCGUGGUCAUACCAAACUCGCUGAAUGUCUGGAGAAACUGCAGCGGGAGGAGCAGCAGCCACAAGCUCCUCUACCCCCUGCAUCUCACAUGUCUUUCUCUCCAGACACCCCUACAACAGACAGUUGGAUGCUCAGUUGGGCAAAUGAUAGUGUUUCUGCGCCUGGUGGUAAAAGAGUAGGUUCUGCUACCACGACAACCACAUCCAGCCUCAAUCCAGACUUGAGGAGGCCUCGGUCUGAGCCUUCCAGCUACUACACCAGCGAGGGCCAAAGAGAUCUUCCACUAGCUAAAAAGCAUAAACCCAACCCAGAACUGUUUCAGACGCGGCCUGACAAGGCCAUGUCCGUUCCUCUUAGCCUAGAGCAGCAGCAGCUCCAUAAACUGUCCACCAGCCCCAAGACCCAGCCCUCAGAGGGCACUGAAAAUGGCCUGUCGACUGGAGGUAGCACAGGUACAGCCAGAUGGAGCCCCAGGGAGAGUUUCUCCUGCAGCAGCAUAGGGAGGAAGGGGUUAGGGGUCAGCGGGAGCAGCACUUUGGGAAAGGAAAAGAUUGUCACCAGGUUACGCCAGCGAGAACAGCUUGGCAUGCUGGUGAUGGCAGACAGAGACAUGGCUGAUGCUGAAAUGCUAGCCUAUCGGGAGGAUCUGGAGAAUCAGGACUGUCUUACGCAGAUGGAUGACCUGCAGGCAAACAUGAUGACUCUGGCAGAACACAUCAUUGAGGCAACGCCGGAGAGAAUCAAGAGGGAGAACUUUACUGCAGCAGACAUUUUACCGGUAGACACAUCUGGGGUUAACAGCACCAUGAACUGGCUGGCCAACUACUUGGGAGAUGUAGAGCAGCUGCCAAGCAUCCUACACUUACGAUGUCUGUAUAAUGAAACUUUGACCCCAUUGUCCAACCCCAGCCUGAGUCCUGGUGGGUCCCCACUGGGAGAGGGGCCCCUGGAGAGGUCCACACUUCCAUCGCCUGCAGACUGGAAUGAGUUCCUUAAUGCCUCCAACAGCAAGGUGGAGAGAGACCUGGCCCAGCUGACUCUGUCUGACCCAGAACAGAGAGAACUAUACGAAGCUGCCCGCCUAGUUCAGACAGCCUUCCACAAGUACAAGGGGCGGCCACUCCGAGAGCAACAGGAAGUAGCUGCUGCUGUUAUUCAGCGUUGUUACAAGAAAUACAGACAGCUUACAUGGAUAGCCUUGAAGUAUGCACUUUAUAAGAAGAUGACGCAGGCCGCCAUCCUUAUCCAGAGUAAAUUCCGUAGCUACCACGAGCAGAAGAAGUUCCAGCAGAGCAGGAGGGCUGCCAUGCUCAUUCAGCAAUACUACCGCAGCUACAAGGAGUUUGGCAGGCUCAAGCCUCACCACCGUGGGUCGGCCGCUGCCCUGGUGCAGCACAAAUUGAGAGGUUGUCUGCUCACCAAGAAGCAGGAUCAAGCUGCCAGGAAGAUCAUGAGGUUCUUGCGUCGUUGCCGCCACAGCCCCUUGAUGGACCAUAGACUGUUCAAGCGGGGUGAGAGAAUUGAAAAGGGCCAGGGAACAUGAGACCACUCAGAAGAGCCCCCUCGCAAUGUGACAUCACUCCUCUAACACCUCCUUUUUUAUUUGUAUUAUAUUUUUUCGGGAACAAGACAUUAUACAACAGAAAUGGAUGAAAAAUAGCAUCGGUGCAGUGUCACUCUAACACAU